CGUCGAGCCAUGAUGUCGGCAGAGCAUUCACCGCGACCGGGACCGUCGACGUCGAGACACUCCGCGUCCGACCCGCCGCCUGUCGUCGUGCCUGCGGCGGACAGCCAGCAGCCUCCCAUAUCUUCCGACGCAUCGUCACCGCAGACGGCAGCCCGACCGCCGCCAGCACCCAAGGCUGAGCGACCGAGGCCGAAGAUCCGCUCGCAGAAGGCGGCGUUAACGAUCACACCAAAUGCUGUCCAGCGGCUGAAGGCGCUGACGAGCGGGCCCAACCCACAGCUCCUCCGGAUCGGCGUGCGGAACAAGGGCUGCGCCGGGCUGUCGUACCACCUCGAAUACGUCGACAAGCCGGGCAAGUUUGACGAGGUCGUGGAGCAGGACGGGGUCAAGGUGCUCAUAGACAGCAAGGCGCUCUUUUCGAUAAUCGGGAGCGAGAUGGACUGGCACGAGGAUGCGCUCAGCGCGCGAUUUGCGUUCAAGAACCCUAAUAUCAAGGACGCGUGUGGGUGCGGAGAGUCCUUCACUGUAUAGUAGUCAAUGUCGCAUCCCAGUUACGGCUUUACCUUGUGUUUGUCUGUCUCCGUCCACGUCCUUUGUUCACUCGUAUCUUAUUGCUAUCUUAGCUAGGACAGUAAUAUUUUGUAUCCAUAUCACGCUCUUACACGAGUAUACAUACCGUUACCCCAUGUCUCG